AUGGCGAUAACACGCGACCUAGUGAAGAAGGUGCUCUUCUGUGGAGCAAAGAGCUUUGCUAAUGAUCUCAAAGAAGGCCACAUCUGGGUUGAUGUUGGAAUAGAAGAGACGCGGAGGUUUGAACUGGAUGCACAUUUUCUGAGUCAUCCUCUGUUCGAAGAACUACUGGAUUUUUCGGUUGAUGAGUUUGGUUACUCUUAUGGCGGAGCCCUGAGGAUCGCGUGUGAUAUCGAUCUCUUCUUGCAUUUGCUGGAGUUGCUGAAGAGUGGCAAUCCAUCAGUGCACUACAUGGAGCUUCCGCAGCUUACAGACAGGUUCUACGUGAGUAGAGGUCAGGAAGCUCAUACAGGCCGACAACUGAUCACAAAUGAAGUUAAAAGUGUAAAUGUUGCGGCUUGUAAUGCGUUAAUGGAUCAGAACUUGAGAAUCGACUGA